AUGAACGUGAUAGCGACGAAUGAUAUGGAUGAGAUCUAUGAGGAUCCUGAGUAUGGUGAAAUGGGAGAAUUGGAGAAGUUAUCGACUAAGGUUGAUGAGAGUGAGGACACGGAUGAUACGGCAGCGAGUGUGGAGGCAGCAGUGAAGCAGAAAGAGGAGAUAGUCGCCAUGGAGGCAGCAGCAGUGAAUGGUGGAGAUGGAGUUGGUGUCAACACUUUUGCAGCAGCGAUCGUGGUUGAAGAUGAAGCAGUAAAUGAGAAGUAUAUGGGAGUUGAAGCUGUGAAAGGGGACAUCCUGGUGAAGGGAUCAAAGGAGAAAGCAACUGCAAAGGGGCGAGUGCUUACGAAGGAGGAACACGUUGAGGGGUACGAGACCCGAGAGGUGUUGGGUGUUAAGAUGCCGAGGAGAAGUGAGAGGCUUAAGAAAAUGUCUCAAGGUUUGGACGUCAAGGCGCUCAAAUUCAAGACUCGUAAGGAGAGGUUCAAGCUCCAGGCGAUUGCGGGGACAUUCGGGCAACCGGGGGAGGCAAGCGGGGAGGCGCAACCCUUGCCCACGGAAUCCUCCCCCGCAGCAGCGGCAGCCGCUGCGCCAGCUGUGCCUGGAGGGGGGGAGGCGGAGGCGGAUCAAUCCUACGGUGGAGAUGUGCAGUCGUACACGCAGCACGCUCAACGGCCAGGAUACGUCCAACCGCACGGCUCUCUGCUGUUCCUGGAGGAGAGGAGCUACAGAAUCCUGGCUGUAGCAGAAAAUAUCUUUGACUUUUUUGACCAGCCAGAUUGGGGGAAUGGGGAGAAGAAGGCGGGAGAGGAGAGGGAAGAGGCGACGAAGGAGGGGAAUGGGGAGGGAGGGAGGGAAGAGGCGGAAGGAGGAGGGGGGAAGGGAGGGGCUGUGAAGAGUCUGUUGGGUAAGACUAUGCCUGAAAGCGAUCCUUUUUUGAACAACCUCGCCUCUCCCUGCCUCUUCCUUACCCGCUUCUCCCUGCCCUCAACAGCUGCUCUCCUCCCCGGUCACAAUGUACAGUUUCUUACUUUUGAUGCGCCUCAAAAGAGCUCUCCCUUCCCUUCUCUCAGCAGACGCUCUCCUCCCCGGCCCGUUUCCAAUACGAGCCUGUUCACCCUACCCUUUCCCCCACACCUUUCUUACUCUUCUCAACAGACGUCUGCCUGCCUGCCUGGUGGCGGCGUACGUUUGCCUGCCUGGUGGCGGCAUGUGGGAGCUCGGAUCCUCAGCUGUCGAACCCCAUCCCCCACCCAUUCCCACCUCUCCCCACCCAUUCCACCCCUCCCCACCCAUUCCCACCCCUCCCCCCCCCAACAGACGUUCGCGUGCCUGGUGGCGGCAUGUGACAGCUCGGAUCCGCAGCUGUCGAAUCCCAUUCUGAUCAAGACAGUGCGACGAGGUGAGAUGGAUGGAAGGGAGGAGGGUGUUGCACGUCCCAAGUCCCCCCGCUUCCCCCAUCCUCCCCCUCCAUCAGCCCGCCCCCUGUACGCCAUAGUGCAUCGCUCAGACGAGGGCCUGGUGGUUGACAUAGAGCCGUGCGUGGGAGGGGAGGAGUGGGCUCUUGUUGCGGGCAUCUUCACCCGCCCCGUGUACGCCAUAGUGCAUCGAACUGAUGAGGGCCUGGUGGUUGACAUAGAGCCGUGCGUGGGAGGGGAGGAGUGGGCUGGGAGGUGGAAGAAAAAGAAGGGAGGAAAGGCGGCGGCACGUGCGAGAGAGGCACGAGGGAAAGUUGAGGCGGGGAGUGUGGGGGGGCCAGGAGAAAAGGCGGGUAGCGGUAUAGAGGAUGCGUCUGGAAAGGGUGGGGAGGGGAAGGAUGGAGUAGUUUCGUGGACGUGUCUUAAUGGGUAUGUGCAGGGUGGUGGAGGAGAUGAGAGUCGUCAGACGGAAGCGGAGGAAGCGGAGAAAGGGGAGGAGGAGAAGAAAGGGGAGGAGGAGAAACGGGAGGAAGAGGGGAAGAAAGGGGAGGAAGAGGAAGAAAAGGAGGAAGAAGAAGAGGAAGAAGAAGAAGAGGAGGAAGAGGAGGUGGAUAUGUCGAUGCUGGAGUGGUCAGCUCUGGACAAGCACGAGAGGACGAGUGCGAGCAUUGCCAAGUUGCAAGACAUUGACGACGACAUCCCAAGGCUGUGCGACACAGUCGUGCAGGUGAGGGCGUUGGCUGUGACAUGCACUGGCUGUAGGCGGGACAACCAUACAACCAAGCUGCAGGACAUUGGUGAUGCCAUGCCCAAGCUGUGCGACACGCUCGUGCAGGUGAAAGGGAGAGAGGAGGCACCCCUUAUCUACCCCUCAUAUGUUCUGCUCGUGAGUGCUCUCCUUCCAACCUAUCCCAAGCUGCAGGACUUGAGUCCUCUCCCUAUCUCAGGAGCUGCGGGAGCUGGCAUGGAGCUGCGGGAGCUGGCAGGGCCUAGUCGGAGGCUCAGGCGUUUUAACCUCUGUCCAUUUCCCCCUUCCCUUCCCUUCCCCGUCCCUCCCCUUCCCUUUCCCUACGCUUCCCCGUCCGUCCCCUUCCCCUUCCCCCCCACUCCUCCCCUCUCCCCCCUUCCCCCUCUCUUUCUGUCCAGUGGUGGUAACCACGCGGGUUCCUCAGAGCACCAGUGUGCGCAAGCUGUGGGGGCUGCUGGUAUGCCACCACAUGUCACCCCGCUUCCUGCCGUAUCCCCGGCGAUUCGCCUGCAACUUUCUCUUACAGGAGGGUUGGUGGAUGGGUAUAUGGGUGGGAGGGUGGCAGGGUGGAUGAGUGGGGACGGGCUCUUGUGGAUUUUGAUUGGCUGGUGGAUCAAGGAGCAGCAAGCUGUGGGGGCUGGUGGUAUGCCAUCACAUGUCACCCCUAUCCAUCACAUCCCCCAUAUCGACCUCAUCUGCCCCAUCCAUCUCGUCUCCCCACCACCAGGCUUUCGCCCUGCAGCUGGCAAUGGAGCUGGAGGCAGCAGAGCAUGCAGCGCAGAAAAACGCCUCUGUGAGCGGCCCUCACUUUUCCUCUAUGUCCCGUCUCCCUUCCCCUCUCCCCAUCAGGCCUUCGCCCUGCAGCUGGCAAUGGAGCUAGAGGCAGCGGAGCAUGCAGCAGAGCGGCGAACGAUGCAGAUGCAGGCGAUUCUGUGUGGCAUGCUAUCCAGGGAUGUGCCGCUGGGGCUGGUGCGACAGAGCCCCAACAUCAAAGACCUGGUGAGAGUUGAGACUACAUGUGUGGUAUGGCAAGAACUUGUUGCUGUAGGAGUAGCAGCCAUGGUGGCUGGGGAGAAGAGGUGCCAUCGGACGGGGCGGUGCUGCUGCAUGCGGGCAGGGCGUGGUGGGUGGGGGAACGCGCUGGCUGCGCCUCAAAGACACCCACCUGCUCCAACACACCGUCUCUCCCACCCACUCCCUCUCUCUUGCUCUCCCUCCCUCAUUCCCUCCCUCCUCCCCUCCCUCCCUCCCUCCUCCCCUCCCUCCCUCCCUCCUCCCCUCCCUCCCUCCCUCCCUUCCUCCCUCCCUCCCUCCCUCCUCCCCCCCCCCCCCCAGGUGCCAUCGGACGGGGCAGUGCUGCUGCAUGCGGGCAAGGCGUGGUGGGUGGGGGCGUGCCCUUCAGAGGAUGACAUGAAGGAGAUAGCGCGCUGGCUGCGCCUCAAGGACACCCACCUACUCCAACACACUGUCUCUCCCACCCACUCCCUCUCUCUCUGCUCUCCCUCCCUCACUCCCUCCCUCCUCCCCUCCCUCCCUCCCUCCUCCCCUCCCUCCCUCCCUCCCUCCCUCCCUCCCUCCCUCCCUCCCUCCCUCCCUCCCUCCCUCCCUCCCUCCCUCCCCCUUCCUUCCCUCCCUCCCUCCCUCCCUCCCUCCCCCCUCCCUCCCUCCCUCCCCCCUCCCCCCCAGGUGCCAUCGGACGGGGCAGUGCUGCUGCAUGCGGGCAAGGCGUGGUGGGUGGGGGCGUGCCCUUCAGAGGAUGACAUGAAGGAGAUAGCGCGCUGGCUGCGCCUCAAAGACACCCACCUGCUCCAACACACCGUCUCUCCCACCCACUCCCUCUCUCUUGCUCUCCCUCCCUCACUCCCUCCCUCCUCCCCUCCCUCCCUCCCUCCUCCCCUCCCUCCCUCCCUCCUCCCCUCCCUCCCUCCCUCCUCCCCUCCCUCCCUCCCUCCCUCCCUCCCUCCCUCCCUCCCUCCCUCCCCCUUCCCUCCCUCCCUCCCCCCCCCCCAGGUGCCAUCGGACGGGGCAGUGCUGCUGCAUGCGGGCAAGGCGUGGUGGGUGGGGGCGUGCCCUUCAGAGGAUGACAUGAAGGAGAUAGCGCGCUGGCUGCGCCUCAAGGACACCCACCUGCUCCAACACACCGUCUCUCCCACCCACUCCCUCUCUCUUGCUCUCCCUCCCUCACUCCCUCCCUCCUCCCCUCCCUCCCUCCCUCCCUCCCUCCCUCCCUCCCUCCCCCUUCCCUCCCUCCCUCCCUCCCUCCCUCCCUCCCUCCCUCCCUCCCUCCCUCCCUCCCUCCCUCCCCCCUCCCCCCCCCUCCCCCCCAGCGCGCUGGCUGCGCCUCAAAGACACCCACCUGCUCCAACACACCGUCUCUCCCACCCACUCCCUCUCUCUUGCUCUCCCUCCCUCACUCCCUCCCUCCUCCCCUCCCUCCCUCCCUCCUCCCCUCCCUCCCUCCCUCCUCCCCUCCCUCCCUCCCUCCUCCCCUCCCUCCCUCCCUCCCUCCCUCCCUCCCUCCCUCCCUCCCUCCCUCCCUCCCUCCCCCUUCCCUCCCUCCCUCCCCCCCCCCAGGUGCCAUCGGACGGGGCAGUGCUGCUGCAUGCGGGCAAGGCGUGGUGGGUGGGGGCGUGCCCUUCAGAGGAUGACAUGAAGGAGAUAGCGCGCUGGCUGCGCCUCAAGGACACCCAACUGCUCCAACACACCGUCUCUCCCACCCACUCCCUCUCUCUUGCUCUCCCUCCCUCACUCCCUCCCUCCUCCCCUCCCUCCCUCCCUCCCUCCCUCCCUCCCUCCCUCCCUCCCUCCCUCCCCCUUCCCUCCCUCCCUCCCUCCCUCCCUCCCUCCCUCCCUCCCUCCCUCCCUCCCUCCCUCCCUCCCUCCCCCCUCCCCCCCCCUCCCCCCCAGGUGCCAUCGGACGGGGCAGUGCUGCUGCAUGCGGGCAAGGCGUGGUGGGUGGGGGCGUGCCCUUCAGAGGAUGACAUGAAGGAGAUAGCGCGCUGGCUGCGCCUCAAAGACACCCACCUGCUCCAACACACCGUGCCAUCGGACGGGGCAGUGCUGCUGCAUGCGGGCAAGGCGUGGUGGGUGGGGGCGUGCCCUUCAGAGGAUGACAUGAAGGAGAUAGCGCGCUGGCUGCGCCUCAAAGACACCCACCUGCUCCAACACACCGUCUUUGUCACAAAUUCUCUCGAGCAAGCUGGGCUGCCCUUUGCCUCCCGCCUCGCCCCGGCUGUGUGCGGCCUGGCUGCCGCUAUGGUGUCGAGCCGAGGGGAUUUCCUCAUGUGGUUCCGAUCCGCCGGCCUGCCCUUUGCCUCCCGCCUUGCCCCGGCUGUGUGCGGGCUGGCUGCUGCUAUGGUGUCGAGUCGAGGAGACUUCCUCAUGUGGUUCCGAUCAGGUAUUGAGCGCAACAUUACCUGGGCAGGGCACAAGGACAGCCACACAGUGAGAGAGGGCGCCACCAUGCAUCCCCGCAACUCUUUCGCUGCUUACCUGGAAGUGGUGAAGCUGCAGAGCCAGCCCUGGACUGAUGCUGAGGUGGACGCCAUGCAAGGGCUGCGCCUUAUUGUCAAGGAUUCACUGCCCCACCCCGAGCCUCAGGACCUGAAGCUGAAGAUCCAGGCCCAGCUGAAUGCAGAGCGCCUGACCAUCCAGUCACAGCUAAAAGAGGUCGCCAGGACUCUCGAGAACCAGCUGGAGUCAGCCCACACGCCCAUCAUCGGCAUCAGCAGCGACGGCACCCAGGCUCAGCUGAAUGCAGAGCGCCUAACCAUUCAAUCUCAGCUAAAAGAGGUGGCUCGCAAUCUAGAAAACCAGCUCGAAUCCGCCCACACGCCCAUCAUCGGCAUCAGCAGCAACGGCACCGUCACCGAGUUCAACAGCAAGGCCGCCCACAUCACCCGGCGGGCCAAGAGCGAGGUUGUGGGGAGUAAUUUCUUCUCCAGUGUGCUGGCUCCCGAGUCUCACGCGCACUUUGUGGCGGCUAUGGAGCACGACCGGCAUGGCAACCUGAUGAGCGUGCGGCUGAUGGGGCAAGACAUCACCGCGCUCAAAGUGCUUGCUGGCGAGGAGCACGGCCGGCAGUUUGCUGAGUUGGAUCGGCUGGUGCAUGUGCUGGUGAGCGCAUAUGGGCAGCACGACCGGCACGGCAACCUGAUGAGUGUGUGGCUGAUGGGGCAAGACAUCACUGCCCUCAAAGUGCUUGCUGGCGAGGUGAGUAAGGGGGGAGGCGAGGGGAUGAAGGGGGGAGCGGGAGGGGGAUGGGCAUGUGAUGGUGAGAUAAAGUCAAAGGGACACACACGCACAGUGACAGAGGCACACACGCACAGAGGCAGCAACCGGCGGCUGGGUGUGCGAGUCAUGGGGCAUCACGUCACCGCGCUCAAUGUGCUGGCAGGGGAGGUGAGUAAGGGGGGGAGGGAUUGGAAAGGAGAGGGGCAGAGAGACAGAGAGACACACAAGGCACACGCAGAGGGGCACGGCAACCUGCUGAGCAUGCGGCUGAUGGGGCAUCACGUCACCUCGCUCAAUGUGCUGGCAGGGGAGGUGAGAGAAGGGGGAGGGGAAAGGGAGGAGGGACACAUAAAGAGACACACAGAGGCUCGGGCAGCUGUGGACCAAUCAGAUCUCUUGGUUUUCACGGUGGACGAGUGCGGGCGGGUGACCGAAUGGAAUGCUGCCAUGGAGCAGACCAGCGGGCUGCCCCGAGAAAAAGUUGUGGGCAGGCGACUUGUGGGGGAGGUGCUUAGCAGCAAUCCGAUGCUGCUCAUUCCGGACCAGGUGAGAAGCGGUGCUGCUGGUUUCGACCAGGUGAUUAACAAUGUUUGUGGCUUGUGGGGGAGGUGCUUAGCAGCAACCCCAUGCUGCUCAUUCCUGACCAGGAAUGUGGCUUGUGGGGCGUUUGCGGGGAGGCAGCUUGUGGGGGAGGUGGAUUGUGGGGGAGGUGGCUUGUGGGGGAAGGUGGCUUGUGGGGGAAGGUGGCUUGUGGGGGAGGUGGCUUGUGGGGGAAGGUGGCUUGUGGGGGAAGGUGGCUUUUGGGGGAGGUGGCUUGUGGGGGAAGGUGGCUUGUGGGGGAAGGUGGCUUGUGGGGACAAUCUGGUGAUGUUUGAGAUCGCCCUCUGUCAGGCACUCAACGGGAGGGACACGAGGAACCACGAGCUGCAGCUCAAGACGUGGGACGGCCGCCCCAUGGACACUCUGCUGCACAUCAUCAGCAGGCGCUCCCCUACUGGUGAGCCGGUGGGAGCGACGUGCUUCAUGCAAGAUGUGGUGGAGAGGCGGGCAGCAGAGAACGCUUCUGCUAUGAAGAUGGUGGCAGAGGCGGCCAGCCAGGCCAAGACCAUGCAGCUGGCGUGCCUGUGCCAUGAGAACGCAUCGGCUAUGAAGAUGGUGGUGGCAGAGGCGGCCAGUCAGGCCAAAACCAUGCAGCUGGCUUGCUUGUGCCACAAGCUGGCAUGGACAGCAGAGAACGCAUCGGCUAUGAAGAUGGUGGCAGAGGCAGCCAGCCAGGCCAAGACCAUGAAGCUGGCAUGCCUGUGCCAUGAGAACGCAUCAUCAGCGAUGAAGAUGGUGGCAGAGGUGGCCAGCCAGGCCAAGACCAUGCAGCUGGCGUGCCUGUGCCACGAGAUCCGCAACCCACUGAACGGCAUUCUCUCGUCCAUCAGCUUCAUGGAGGGCACUGAGAUGUCGUCUGACCAGAGGGACCUGCUCCACGCCACCUCCGCCUGCGGGUAUGUUGGCUAUUUUCCUCAUCUGUCAUCGCCCCUCUGCAUCCUCAUCACCCCUCUUUACAGCAAGUACCUUCGCCGAGUGGCGGAUAACGUGUUGGAUCUGAGCAAACUGGAGGAGGGAAAGCCAGAGGUGGAGAGAGAUCUAACACCGUGA